CUCGAAGCACUUCCGAACACAAAGCUAAGUGCAGAUUACCGAAAAUAUGUGUGUAGUCUAUAUCCGAAAUCCAAGAUUAGAAGCCUAGAAUUAUUUCAUUUUUCACGAGACCAAAAAAAUAAUACAAAAUAAAAAGAAGGCACAAAAAAGAAGAACAAAUAAUAAAAAGAAAAAAGAAAAGAAAAAGCUCAGUGUCUCGCACGCACCUCAUCUCAUCGAGGAACCCCUUUUGCUUUUCCUCCAAUUUUUUUGGCCUGUGCGGUUGCUGGUUGCAGCAAUGAGAGCUGAAACAAAAGCUUUAGAAUAAAAAGCGAAGAAAGAAAUUCAGAAAGGUACCCGAAAAAUGCCUUUUCAUCUGCAUUCUUUUUGAGCUCGUCAACAAUGGCCGAUGAUCUCUCUUCCUUCGCCAAGGAUGUUUUGCUUGUGAAGAGUUGGAAGAGUUCUACGUUUGUGUGGAGGCUAGUUGUGUUGACCCUUGCAAUGGUCAGUGGCGUGUAUAUAUGUUCAAUUUGUCUGAAGCAGAUAGGCACUGGCACUAAGAUUCGUUUUCUAGAGAUCAAGGUUGAACAAAAGCCGUGCCCAGAACCUAACAUUGAACCUUGGGAGAUUCCUUAUGUGCACUACCCUAAACCCAAAACUUACAGCAGGGAGGAAUGCGCUUGCCACCCUGUGCGCUAUUUUGCUAUUCUGUCGAUGCAAAGAUCUGGGAGUGGAUGGUUUGAGACGUUUUUAAACAGUCAUGAUAACAUAAGCUCAAAUGGGGAAAUUUUUUCGGUUAAGGUGAGAAGGAGCAACAUGUCAACAAUAACAGAGACGCUGGAUACAAUUUAUAAUCUAGACUGGUUAAGUAGUGCUUCAAAAAAUGAGUGCACCACUGCUGUUGGCUUGAAGUGGAUGCUGAAUCAGGGAUUGAUGCAGCAUCAUGAACAGAUUGCCGAGUACUUCAGAAUACAUGGUGUUUCGCUCAUAUUUCUCUUCAGAAGGAAUCUUUUGCGCCGGAUGGUUUCUGUACUUGCAAAUGAAUAUGAUAAGAAUGCCAAGCUAUUAAACGGGACUCACAAAUCUCAUGUUCAUUCACCCAAGGAGGCGGAAGUACUUGCAAAAUACAAGCCUAUAAUCAAUUCAACAUUACUGAUUGCACAACUUAGACAAGUGAAUGACACCACCACCAAAGCCUUGGAGUAUUUCAAGAGCACCAGGCAUAUUAUCCUGUACUACGAAGACGUGGUAAAAAACCGCACCAAACUAAGGGAUGUUCAGGAUUUCCUAAAGGUUCCUCAAAUGGAUUUGAAGACCCGUCAGGUGAAGAUACACAAAGGGUCCUUAUCUAGCCAAAUUGGAAACUGGAACGAUGUAAGCAAGGUACUAACAGGAACACCAUUCGAGAGUUUCAUCCGUCAAGAUUUUCGCAGGUAAAAUGGUGGGUAUGUACAUACCACGUUUUGCCUUUUCCUUUUCCUUUUCUCCCUUCUUCUCGCGCUGUUAACAUUCCUCUGAUCCUUUCUUCACAAGUUGCUUCAAGAACCAACAGGAGAACAACCACCCUGUUGAAAUUUUGGCCAUGGCCCUCUCUCAUUUUUGUAUUGUUGUUGUUUUUGUCUUCAUAUUUAAUUCAUUCUUUGUACUCGUGCAACAUUAAGGGAAUUCGCAAUUUCAACUUGAAAUGUGUUCUUCAGACCUGAUUGUUCCCUGUGAUUGACGGACAUGUGCAUUUAAAACAUUAGUUGAAAAAAGUGAGUCCCCCUCCAAAUA